AUGGAACUAUUACCAAAUUCAGUGGAGGAUUUCACAAGUAGUGAGUAUUGGAGUAAUUUUUUCAGAAGUUAUGGAGGGGAAAAUAACCGAGCAUUUGAAUGGUACGGUGACUUUGAGGUUUUGAGGGAUCUUUUGGUGGAAUCUCUUCGGACCAGUGGCAGGUCAGAAUUGUACAAGAGAAUUUUACAUGUAGGAUGCGGGAAUUCUACUCUUCCAGCUAAAUUAUAUGAUGAAGGUUUUAAGGAUAUUACUAAUAUAGAUUUUUCCAGCCAGGUAAUAGAUUUAAUGAGAGAAAAAAACAAGUCUAAGAAAGGACUGGAAUGGAUUUGCAUGGAUAUUGAAAAAGACUUUGGUAAGUAUGUUGAUAAAGAAGAGAAUUUGGGUAAUUUUGAUGUAAUAAUAGACAAGGGAUUUUUGGAUGCUUACUUAUCGGAUAAUACAUCCAAAAACAGUUCAUCUUCAAAAACGAAGGCAUCUGACUAUUUGGCUUCGUCCAUGAGGCUCUUGGUUCCAAAUGGAAGAUAUAUUUUGGUUACUUUAGGCCAGGAAUAUGUAGCCAAAGCACUAACUAUGGAAUUUUAUAAUAAAGGUCUUGAUAUAAUUGUUGAGCCUUUGGUGGAGAUUAAAGAUUCCAAGUUUCUUCCGUAUUAUAUUGAGAUAAUCAAUAAGAAGGAUACUCAGAGUACCAAUAAAACAUUUUUCAGAUUCAAAGGAGCUGGUGUUGAUGAGAUUUACACUUCCGAAGAUCAGUGUAUUUGGACUCUGGCAAAAAGGCUAAAGGAACUUUCUGCAAUGUAUUGGAAUAAUAAGUAUAUUGGUGAUUUUAUGCCAGGUGAAAUUAAAGAAUACCAGCUUAACAUAAAGGAAUCAAGAAAUAGUUUUUUUAUUACCGUGUAUGAUACAAUCAGUAAGAAAAAAAACAAGCAACUUACAGUGGGUCUUUUAGUGCCUAUAGGAGAGGAGCAGGAUUGGCUUUAUUCUACUAGAAAAGGAUUCGAGGAGAUUUGCAACCAAGCCAAAUGUAAGAGGUUAAUUGUGAUUUCAAGAUUAUAUUCUGAUUCUGAGAAAGCUUUGAAAGUGAGUAAGGAGGAUAUUCUUGAUGAAAUAUCAAAAAAUAUCUCUCCUUUAGCUUUGAAGGGUUCUGGAAGAUUUCCUAUUCUAACUGUGGGAGGAGAUAGAAAUUUGAAUAAGAAGUGUAUUUAUAGUUGUGACUCGAAAUUUUGUAAACAAAUACUAGUUUAUGAUAUUGAAGAGUCUGGAAUUGAGAAGAGACAGAUGAUUUUUAAAUCAAGCCCGAGAUUAAUACAGUCUGAGGUAGUUAUUCAGAGAAAAUCCCCAGAAAGACUUGAGUUUGAUUAUUUAAGUGGACUUUCAAAUUACUAUGUUGGGGUUGUACUAGUUUCAAGUCUCAUUUUGGAUACUAAGAAUCAAGACAAGAAAAAGAAUGCCCUUAUUUUGGGUCUAGGAGGAGGGAUUUUAGCUUCUAUAUUGAGAAAAUUCUACUCAAAGUCCAUACUUAAUAUUUCUGCAAUAGAAAUUGAUCAAAAAGUAAUGAAUAUAGCAAAAGAUUACUUUGGGUUUUCGGAAAAUGAUGUUGAAGUUAUUAUAACAGAUGCUUUAGAUUAUAUUGAUAAUUCACAUUCUAAGAUUCAAGAUUCUUUGGAUUAUAUUAUUGUAGAUAUUAAUUCUGGAAGUGUUAAUGACUCUCUUAUGUGUCCAGGAGUUGAGUUUCUUUCCAAGGGGUUUGUAGAAAAACUUAUUCUUUCUUUAACAAAUGAUGGAUGUAUUAUAUAUAACAUCUCAUGUAGAGACACUAAAAGAAAAGAAGAGCUUUUCAAUGAGUUCGGAAAUAUGAUAAGUGCAAUAGAAGAGAGGACUGGGAACUCCAAAGGACUUCUACUUCAGUCAGUAGAGACAGGAGAAGACGAGAUAAAUGAGCUUUGGAUAAUUAAAAAAGAAACAAAAGAUAAUAUUAAAAAAGUUAGGAAUUUCAUAAUAGAAAAACAAUUGUUUAUAAGUAACCAGGAAGGGACAUCUUCAGAAAAAUGCGGAAAGAAGGAUCUCUGGGUUAAGAGGUUCUCAAAUCUAAAGUAG